AUGGACCAGUUUCUGAAUAGGCUUACCCAACAGGCUAUGAACUAUGCCAUUCGUUCGGGAAUCACAAUCACUGCCAGAUAUGCUAUCCGCGAAUCGUCUCGUCUGCUGAAGAAUGUCGACCACAGUGAAGAACGGGAGGAGCUGGUUGUGCUGCAGCAGCGUCUGGAAAGCAAGAUCCAGGUCAUUUCCCCUGCAAUUGAUAUGAUUGAGUUGAUAGCUGCGAGAGGCAAUACUUCUCUUGAAUCCGCGGUUUCUCUCACAAAGUCUCUCCGAUGGGAUAUCCAGGCUUUAGGCCAGCGACUAGCUAGAGCUGCUGCAUUCGAAGAGCUGAUCCGAAAAGGUGGCAAGUCGCCAGGUGAUCGGGCCCAGAAUGAUGCAGAAAUAAGGUUCAUAAUAAAAGAUAUCAAGAGACUACUCGUCCGAAUUGAGGAUGCAGUCCCGCUUAUGAACUUGGCCAUCACUACAUCGGGUGCCAGGCUGUCGACCAACUUGCCAUCGGCAGUGUCACCGUCGAGAUUGCUACAGGCUAGCACAUUUCUCACCGCUGGAGAUACACAAUAUUACAUGUCACCGUCGCAAGCGAUUCAAAUCGGACCCACGUUCACUCUUUCGAUGUACAUGCUCUUUGCUAGUCACCUCCGUCCACAUGAUGAAGAAGGUAUUCGUGAAGCAACAUGGAAAGAGGUCAUGCAUAAAGCACGAAUCAAACUUCGACGGGUGCCCAUAGAUUCCGCAACGCCAUCAAACGCACAGAAAUCCCAGCUUCCUGCGGAAGCAAGAGUGGAAGAGUACGCUUAUCAAAUCCUUAUCAUCGAAGACCUAGAUGAUGGCAGAGUUCAUACCUUUGAAGAAAACGGCCCACAAGCUUACAGCUAUGAAGGCGUGGGCCAAGCCGGGAUGCGGGAAAUUUUUCCUAUUCAUCAGAUCUCCAAGAUUUUCUAUGCAGACACUGGGAGGAUUCUUAACAUUAGUACGGAAGGUGAGGUGAAUAACCCUGUCCUACUCUUGAAGAGAGACGUCAAUGCUGUGCCACCACGACGUAUGAUGGAACGCGAAGAAGCAGAUUCCGACUAUCUGAAUUCGGAUGACGAGAGCGAGGAUGUCGAUCCAGUGCAGGCACAGCUUGAUGCCCAGUUGGGAGCAGACACCCCGAAACCGAAUCACGAUUACUCUGAAGACUCGAUUCCUGAUGAGUGGCGGUUGCCACAAGACCUAGAUCCCGAGUGGAUAGCAUUCGAAGUCUACAACGAAGACGAAUCCUCAGACACAGACUCCGAAGCAGAAGCCCCAAGCACCCCCACAAAGACCAACACAGUCGACCCGCAGCAAAUGGCAAAUCUAUCUCUAGACGAUCAAGAAGAAUCACCUUUACCAUCCCAACAAAGACUCUCCCACCACCCAUCCUCCCAUAACGACACAACAACCGUCUCCAACCCUCUCUUCAACAACAUCCGCACGUCCCUCUCCCUCCUCGAAACUCUCCUCCGUCUAAUGUCCCUUCAACAAUUCCAACAACAAUCCCACCUCUCCAUCACCGACGAACUCCUCAACUUCUUUCUCGAAGAAUCCUCCACCACCGGCGCCGGCGGUGACGAGCAACACCGCCAACGCCUGCGCUCAGAAGCACGACGAAAAGUCGGCUGGGAUCCCUAUGACGAGAGCCCAGUUAAGCGACGUGGUGAGGAUUAUCAGUAUGGGACUCCUGGUGGAUAUGGGUAUUCGCGUGAGAGUAGCGAGUAUUAUCAGCCGCCUUUUUCGCCUAGUGAGAGGGCGAGGAUUGGGUUUCAUCUUCGGUCGAGAGAGGCUACUCCUGAGACGCCGGUGCAGGAGAGGCGGUCGCCUUCGGUGCAGUCGGAUCGGAGGAGGUUGAAUGUGGUGCGUGGUGGGGAUGAGGCGUUGAGAAGGGGGUCGCCACUUUCGAGACGGUCACCUACGGUGCCCGUUGAUGAUGAGUAUACAACGGUUGAGCAGGGUGGAUCUGGUACUGCGGAGUGA